GGGUCCGCGGGACGGAAAGCGAGCGCCGCGGAGGCUUUUCUCUUCUGUCCGAACACUGAACAAUGGACUGAAAGGCGAACAUGGAUUGAGUGGGGCGAAGCGGCGAAGCGAGUGCGCCGGGGGCGGGGGAAUCAUGACUUCUGCCGCCGAGAUCAAGAAGCCACCAUUGGCUCCCAAGCCAAAGUUUGCGAUGGCAAAUAAUAAGCCAGUUCCUCCUCCUGUGGCUCCUAAACCUGACCUUGUGGUUUCUAGUCCUCAACAGUCAACAAGGAAAACCAAGCCAGCAAUAGCCCCCAAACCAAAAGUUCUCAAAGAUUCCCCGGUUCGAGAGAGCCGGCCACUGCCAGCAAGGAAAAACACUGUGAACCUGGACAAACACCAGCAGAAAGUACCUGGAGAAGAUGCUGAGGACCAUAACUGUACACACGCAGCAGAGCAGAGCAGUGACUACAUCUCACCAAUGUGCUCCUCCUGCAGUUCCGGGUGUGCCCAUAAGCUUGGGAAUAGAGGGAAUUUGUGUGGAGAACAGCUUCUUUUAGAACCCCUGGAACUGUGUGAGAAUGUGGGGAACAGUCGAACUGAUGAAUUCUCUUCAAGUGUGAAAGGUGAGUCUCAAUGUGACUCUUGUGGUGAAAAGACCAAGAGCCAGAGUGGGGUCAUUUUAAAGGCAAAUGCCACAGACAAGAACCUCGAAGAUGUUUUAACCCAAGGAACCACCCCCAUAGGCACUCCACAGAAUCACAGACCCCCAGACAACCCCGAAAUGAAUGGCAGCUGUCAUUCGAACAAGCAGUUCAGAAUUGAGUAUGGUGAUUCCUCCUCUUCCUCCUCCUCCUCCAGCUUUGAGAAAGUACCUGACUCUCGCCACCUCCCACAACCUCCAAAUGAGGAAUUUCAAAUUGUUGAGACUUGUCAGGAAGGUCACGAAAAAGGCAGUAGUAGUUGCCAUCAUGCAUCCGAAAACGUCAAAAGGAAUGAUUUUAUACCUGCAGACAGAGUGAGUGAGGCGUUGGAAGUCAAAGACCAUGGCCCCUUAGAAAUUCACCUAGUGCCCUACACCAAGAAAUUCCCAACUCCCAAGCCCAGGAAGACACGUACUGCUUGUCUGACUCGCCAGAAGUAUAUAGACGCACCUAGUGAAAGCAUUGAGGAGCCAGAUAAUUCAGAUGGUAGCUCUUCUGGCCUUAGUGACAAGCAUUUGAAGAAGAAUAAAGGCAGUGUUCUUUGUCAGAAUGCUUUGUGUAACCAGAAACAGGUGGACAAAGUGAAGCAAGGAAAUGCAAGUGAAUUGAAUGCGGACUCUGACUGUGAGAGACAAGACUUAGCCCAUUCACAGAAAGCUGGCUGUCCUGAAACGUCUUCUGUUGAAGAAAUGGCAUCUCCUUUAGACAAAGACUCCAGCAAGACAGAGGAUAGUUGUAGUCCGUCCCUUGCUGUAGACAAUGAGACCACUUUUAUAAGAUGUAGCACUUUAUCUAUGAGCCUGCCUAAGCAACUCAAAUUAACUUGUGAUAAACAUUUGCCUACUGCCUGUAACCCAGUAGUACCUGCCCCUGAAGUGCAAAAGGAAUCUACAGUCAAGGAUGAAGCUUCCUCAAGAGUUGUCCCCAAAAAGCCACAAAGACACAGCUUGCCUGCCGCAGGAGUGCUUAAAAAGGCUGCCUCGGAGGAGCUGGUGGAGAAAAGUUCUUAUCCCUCAGAUGGAGAAAAAACUUCAGGGAGGAGUCUAGAAAGAAAUCACGUUCAGCAUUUGUGUGCCCAACACCAGGGUAUGUCGUCCUCAUUUGAUGGCCCUAAGCGGACCUCAGAAAAGCCAGUGUGGAAAUUACCUCAUCCUAUUUUACCCUUUUCAGGGAAGCCAGAAUCCUUAAAGUCUGUGAGGAUGUCUUCAAAUAGUGGUUCAUCAGCUACGCAAAUCAAGCCCAGAGCGAAGUCAUUAUCCGCUGUGGAUGUGGUUAGGAGCACCAAGCCUUGCAAAGACACUCCAAAGAAAAACUCUUUCAAGAAGUUGCUCAACCUGAAACUGUCCAUCUGUUUCAUGAAGAGUGACUUUCAGAAAUUAUGGUCCAAGAGUAGCCAGCUUGGAGACACCACCGCUGGUAGCUUCUGUGGUGGGGAGCAGAAAAGGACAGAAAGUCAUUGUCAUGGCUUGUUGGUAGGAGAAGAAAAGCAAAGAAAGCCCACCAAGGCGCAUUCUGCAGAUCAUUACAGUCUGGAAUCCCAAAAGAAGAAGAAGUCUCGGGACUACCCCAGCAUGGCCAAUGGUCCUAGAGCUGAGUCUUUGGAUGACCGAAUGCUCUCCAGGGAGUCAUCACCUCAGGCCCCUUGCACGCUGGUGACAGGUGCCUCUGCACCGGAGUAUGAAAAUAUAUGCCACUAUGAGGAAAUACCUGAGUAUGAGAACUUGCCAUUUGUGCUGGUUGUGGGGAAAACUCCAGAAUCUGCAUGUCAGAAUUCGGGCAGCAUGGAGGACACUGAUGCAAAUAUGUAUGAGAUAGAAGACCCUUAUGAAGUUCCUGCUAGCCAGCUGCAACUUAUACCCGGACUUCAGCAUUGCAGUAGUUCUGGAGCCACCCAGGAGGGCCACCAUGAUCUGGACCUACGUCUUGAAGACCUGCCCUCCGAGGAAGAAGAAGCCACCAACAGUUCUGAUGAGGAUGACAUCAGCUCUGGUUCUAGUAAAGGAGAGCCAGACCCCCUGGACGAUAAACAGGGUGACGAUACAGGAGUGAAGAGUAAAGUUUAUCAUAUUGCCAAGGAGAUCAUGAGCUCAGAGAAAGUCUUUGUGGACGUGUUAAAACUUCUCCAUAUAGAUUUCCGGGAUGCAGUAACCCAUGCUUCCAGGCUACUUGGGAAACCAGUGAUUGAGGACCGAAUCCUGAAUCAGAUCCUAUACUACCUGCCUCAGCUGUAUGAACUCAACCGGGAUCUUCUAAAGGAGCUGGAGGAAAGGAUGUUGAACUGGACUGAACAACAGAGAAUUGCUGAUAUUUUUGUAAAGAAGGGACCAUAUUUAAAAAUGUAUUCCACCUAUAUCAAAGAAUUUGAUAAGAACAUAGCUUUGUUGGAUGAGCAGUGCAAGAAAAACCCAGCCUUUGCUGCUGUCGUUAGAGACUUUGAGCUGAACCCACGCUGUGCUAGCCUGGCCCUCAAGCACUACCUACUCAAGCCCGUCCAAAGGAUCCCCCAGUACAAGUUGCUUUUAACAGACUAUUUGAAGAAUCUGUUGGAAGACUCUGGAGAUUAUAGGGAUACUCAAGAUGCCCUUGCUGUUGUUAUAGAGGUAGCCAACCAUGCCAAUGACACCAUGAAGCAAGGAGACAACUUUCAGAAGCUUAUGCAAAUUCAGUACAGCUUAAAUGGACAUCACGAAAUAGUGCAGCCUGGACGUGUCUUUCUGAAAGAAGGAAUUCUGAUGAAGGUAUCCCGGAAAGUCAUGCAGCCCCGAAUGUUUUUUCUGUUUAAUGAUGCCCUGCUGUACACAACGCCAGUGCAGUCUGGGAUGUUUAAACUAAACAACAUGCUCUCCUUGGCUGGAAUGAAGGUCAGAAAACCUACCCAAGAAGCAUAUCAGAAUGAACUAAAGAUUGAAAGUGUAGAACGUUCCUUCAUUCUCUCAGCCAGUUCUGCCACAGAAAGGGAUGAAUGGCUGGAAGCGAUUUCCAGAUCAAUAGAAGAGUAUGCCAAGAAAAGAAUCACAUUCUGUCCUAGUAGGAGUCUGGAUGAGGCCGACUCGGAAAAUAAAGAGGAAGUCAGUCCCCUGGGAUCAAAGGCUCCCAUUUGGAUUCCUGAUACCAGGGUCACCAUGUGCAUGAUCUGCACAAGUGAAUUCACUCUGACCUGGAGACGACACCAUUGCCGGGCCUGCGGAAAGAUUGUAUGUCAAGCCUGUUCGUCAAAUAAGUAUGGUCUGGAUUACCUGAAAAAUCAACCAGCAAGAGUAUGCGAACACUGCUUCCAAGAACUGCAGAAAUUAGAUCACCAGCAUACCCCAAAGGUUGGAUCUCCGGGAAAUCACAAAUCUCCUUCGAGUGCCUUAUCAUCAGUCUUACAUAGUAUUCCAUCAGGGAGGAAACAGAAAAAAAUCCCAGCGGCUCUCAAAGAAGUAUCAGCAAACACUGAGGAUUCAUCAAUGAGUGGCUACUUGUACAGAUCAAAGGGCAAUAAAAAGCCUUGGAAACACUUGUGGUUUGUCAUAAAAAAUAAAGUGCUGUAUACUUACGCUGCAAGUGAGGAUGUGGCCGCUUUGGAGAGUCAGCCUUUACUAGGAUUCACUGUCACCCACGUCAAAGAUGAGAAUUCAGAGUCUAAAGUGUUUCAGUUGCUGCACAAAAACAUGUUAUUUUAUGUAUUCAAAGCAGAAGACUCACACUCAGCCCAAAAGUGGAUAGAAGCAUUCCAGGAAGGCACAAUAUUGUAGCAAUAUCAAUUUCUUCUCUUCUAUGAUUCUGAAUGGGUGAAAUUUCAUCAGGAUGGAAGAAAUGUAGUGUAAAAUUUUUAUGAAGUGGCAUAUUGCCAGGAUAAAUCCAGCCAAACUGUCUGAUAUGAGAAAUUAUUAGGCAUAAGAUAAUUUUUCAAAUGUUGUUUUCCAUGUAUGUUAUUUAUUAAAUUUUUGAUGUUUACUUAAUGAUCAGGACUAUUUCUGAGAUUCACACUGAAUUCUGAACUACCUUUUAUUUGGAAACCACAACACAUUUUAAUGUCAUAUAUGUAUUAACUAUUUGUGACACAGUCCACACUGUUAUUUUCUACCUUACAUUGGAACCAUUACAAGUGAUUAAAAAAUACCUAUCCAUGGGCAAAUUUCCAUUCAGUGCUUGGUUCAGAUAUGAUGAUGAUUAUGCUAUAACACUGCUGAUGAAAAAUGCAUGUCUUUGAAACAGUAUAAUAAACUUAGGUGAACUUUCGUGUAUUUUAAUGGGGAAGAAAAAAAAAAUACAUGACCGGCUUCUACCUCAGUGACUGUGAAAUGAAAUUCCAGUAAAUUGUCUUAAGUAUUUCUACUGUUCAGGGUUUCUUUGCGACAAAGUUAAUGUUCUCUCAUCAAAAUAUGACAGCAAAGUGCUAGAAACUGAGUGCAUUUUCAGCUGAACUGUGGGUAGGAAUGAGGAUGUUUCCAUUUGCAGAGGAAUACAAAUAAUGAACUUUUGGGACUUCAACCACCUCAAAAACCCUGGUGGCGCAGUCGUCUGUUGGCUGCUAACCACAAUACUGCCAGUUGAACCCACCUAGCAGCAACAUGGGAACCAGACCUGGCACUCUGCAUGCCCCUCUGCUCUGUCACAUGGUGCCAGGAUCAAUUGAAACCAACUUGACAAUACAUAACAGCAAUAAUAAGGACUUUUAAAGCCACCAAGUGCAGUACAUGUUUUUUAAGCAAAAUACUAAUUAUGCUUUCCGUAAACGUUAUUAUGCUCCCUUUUGUGAAUAAGAGUUCUGAGCUGAAAUCAAUGGUUGUAUUUGUACCCAAAACGAAUGUUACAUUUCCUAUAAUGUUGUACUUUUAAAAAAUGAACUGGAAUUAGCUGUAUCACAAAAGCACAAAUUCUAAGCCAGUAUUAACUGAAAUUGUAUAUAUAGUAUUCAUUUUUAAGAUAUUUUUAUACCACUUUAUGACAUGUCCUUCAUAAUCAUUUUUUAAAGUCCUUUGUUACCUUAGCCAGCUAUCAGUGUGUCUGAUAGGAAAUAUUUAUAUUUAUAUUCAUAAUUUUGAUGCACUGAUAGCUUAACAUAUGAACUACUUUGUACAUAAAAUUGUUGGUUGGCAGAAGGACAAAAAGAAAAGGUUUAACACUAUGGUUAGUCAUGGCUGAUGAUUAUAAUACAGAUUUUCCCACUGUCUGAAAGCAAGAGUGUGUCUUUGAAACCUUUUGUAAGCAGAAAUUACCUAAAGUGAAGCAAUGACCAUUCAUUUAUGUGGGGAACAUUUUUGAGCAUUUGCAGAAAUACCUUCAUUAUCUAGUGCUGCUAUAACAGAAAUACCAGAAGUGGAAUCUGGAGGAAGGUCUUUGUGUCAUUUCAGGGUCUGUGGGCCUAUGAGGUUCUUAACACAAGGACCCUGGGUCCAAAGCACUGUUUCCCAAAAUGGACGAUACCACCCCCUCAUGGACACCGGAAUGAUCCAGGAGGGCUGUAAAAGCAGAAACCUACACUUUAGCCUGGAUUAUGGGCUAUAGUAUGAAAACUUUUCAUUGUUAGGGGAGGUGCUGAGUAAUUUUUCCCAUAAAGGGAAUUAGUUUCUGUAAGUACAGUCAUUCUGGUUUAUUUUAGAAAUCAUAAUUUUGUGCUACACCUUGUCUCAUUCGAGCCCAACAGUCUACUGUGUCCCAGAUCAGAAUGGUUACUAGUAGUAGUAGUAGUGCACAAAUUCUAAGCCAGUAUCAGGGCCCCACCAAAUCCUUCUGAUUUCAGGCUAGAAGAGGACAGGAUUUGUAUGACAGUAGGCUAAGUGAGUCUGGUAACCUAUGGUCCAAAGGAUGCAUUAGUUUCCAGCUCUUUCUUUGUGGUAGUCUGGUCCCUCUCCUUUUCUGUUUGCUUAUCUUCUUACCUCUUGUAAAACAAAAGGUGAAAUGGGCCAUAUCCCCAGAAACCCACCUUAUAUCAUGUCUAGGCUGUGAUCUUAGUAACCAUGCUACAUUCUACCCUAAUCCUGUUAAACAAAAUGAAUCAUCUUUAACAAAAUUUAAUCCUGCUUCAUUAAUAGAAGGCAGAGAUUAAGGUUUAUAACUCAGAGGACAAUUUAAUUACAUCACAAAAUGGGAAGACAACUACACAAUACUUUAUUUCAUUCAUCAAAAUCAAAAUGCUUAAGCAUAGCACCCUUAGCUACUCUUAUAGGCCUUUACAAUACCUUAGGACUAUUCCUAAUGGAUGCACAAAAUAAAUUGUGAGGCACAGUUCAAAGCUCUGGUGGCUAGGUGAGAUGUGGAGUGUAGAUCCUGGGGAAAGCCUAGUGAUACUACUGCCUCUGUAACGGCUUCCUUCAGAACAAACAUGAAUAUUAGUGUCACUGUUGCCUUUUUAAAAUUUCACAAAGAAAAAUCCAGUUUCUGUCAAAUCCUCUCCCAUUUCUUUAAGUUAGCAAAAACAGUUACUAGUGUAUGCCUUUUGUAUAAAUGAAGCAACAUAAAGGGAACUUUUGGAAAGCUGGGGUGAAGGGUACCUAUAAAUACUAAACUGAGUUUAAACUAUCCAAAACAAAUUACCUUUCAAUAUUUCAUUGUAGGGUAAUUUUCCUAUAUAAAGGAUUUCCUAAUUCAAUGUCAUACCAAUGACAACCAAGAGAAUUUUGGAAAGCCUUUCUAAAGCCAUUCGCAGGCUUUAUCCUGCGGCACCAGGGCCCUAUGAGACCUAGGGUAUAGGUGGGUUCCCAAAUGGAUUUGGCUGAGCGCCCCUUUUCAGGGGUGGUAGGGUGGGAUGGGUGGAUUAGUGCUCCCCUGGCAAGUAAGAUGGUACUCUAGCCCACAAUCUAGAAUAAAGUAUUUACUUUUGCAGCCCCCACUCCCCAAGGGGCAGCAUCAUCCACUUGGGACAUACUGAUCUAGAGUUGCUGCUGUACUUGUUUCUGGUGUUUUGCUAUGGAACCACCUGUUGCAACCUCACCCACAAUGCUCAUGUGCUACCCCUUUGGCCCUUUAAUGAAAGUGGGUAAAUGAAUAUCUUGGCCAGCUCACUUAUAUAAGUAAAGAAGUAUUUCAGUGAUACAUGCAUGGGUUCGUUCAAACGAGAUAUGUUCAAGUACAUCUCUACCAUCCGUGCAUAGUUGCAGAUAAUAGACUCUUCAGUAAUAUGCUUGUCUUAGUUUCGUUAGGGUACCUUCCUAGGCCCUCACCUGCCCUGCAGAAAAAGAUAUUUAUUUUUUGUGCCAUAAGAAAAAACUUGAAGUCAAGGCUAAUGGCAAAUUUAAAAAAUAAAACCCAAGCAGAUAUUCUCCCAAAUAAUGGAAAUGGUGCAAUAAGUUUACUGGGAAGCUGCCCCACAUAACACAUUUUUAAGUGGAUUCAGUGUUUUAGCUGGAUUAAGGAAGGUCAGGCCUUGCUAGCACUUCCCCAUGAUUACAAUCACUUGUCUGUUCAUUUGAAAACCUUUGUGUCAUCUGAACUUAAAACACUGACAGCAAGUCUGAAGCAUAGCUCCACUCUAGUUUCAUCUAUCACAACUGUUCAGUGGCAGCCCACUGGCUUGGCAUUCUAUUAAAAUUUACCUCAACUAGUUUCUCACUCUUUUCCUCUGGUGUCAUGCCCUCUAGCUAGCCCGAAUACACCCCUUCUGAGUUGACAGUUUUCUUCUAUCCCCCACACUUCCCAGCCUGUUUAUCCAAGAGUGCCAAACUUGAAAGCCACCUUCUCUGUGAGAACUGGACCUACUCUUACUGCUCUAGACUAGACCCUUCCUCUUUGUUCCCAUAACCCACGGUAUAUUCCUAAGGACUUUCCUAUGGUGCUUGCCAGUCUGUUCUCGAUGACCUUAAAGCUGUACCUCGUUCCUGUUGGAGAUUCCUUCACUGCCCCUGGCAAAGUGCCUGUGUUUGCUCUAUUCAAUUGCUUUUGAUUUUCAGGGGAAAAGUCUCAUCCUGGCGCCUGUGAUCUUUUCAAUGUAGUUUUCUAAACAAAAUUUUAUCCAUGAUGUUUUCCCUGUUAAUACUCAUUUUAGUAGAAUUUUGGUUUGAAGGUAGUUGACAAUUUUCAAAAAGCUCCUUUCGUGGGAAUGCAGAGGAGAUGAAGUGGGGGCAGCUUUUUUAUAUAUGAGUUGCUACAGCAUGUAAAAGUUCAAUCUUGAAAUACUGUUUCUUCAAAUGACUUAUGAUCUAUUUCUAGAUUUUUUUCAUGAAGUUAUUAGCUUAUAUCUUUUGUCCAUAUAGAGAUAUAAAGCCUAUAAAUAAAAGUGACCAUUGUAAAUAAUGUUAAUAUGUAUUGUGCUUAUAUAAAUUGUGGCUAUGAUAUCAA